AUGGAUGACAAUCCACCUCCGAAAAAGAAGUCGCGCUUCUUCAGUAACGGAAAAAGUAAAGUUGGCAAUAUCUUACACCCGUUCCGAAAGCAGUCGCAGACAAACGACGCGACUUCGCCAGAUAACAAUACGGACGACAAUCCUCAGCCUGAUACUAAUCGCCUCCCAUUGCUGUCCAACGUUGCAACUCCUUCUGUCGCGCAAGCAUCGUCUCCAGCUCACCGACAGGCUGAUGAUGUGAACUCUGAUCUGGUGGGUCAAAGCCAAACUCCAAAGUCCACAUUGAAUGGCUCCGUGGUCCAGGCGGACCCUGCGGCCAAUGAUCAACAUCAAGUUGAUGGACAAGACGACCCUCCACAACCAUAUGUUACAGACAGUGAGGCUGAAACAGACUUGGAGACGAGCUCUGACUCCGAAGGUGAUCAACAUAAAGAGGAUGUUGGUAAGAGUGACCAAGAGAAUGUCACACCAGAUGGAACUCAACAGGCAGACUCGGGCAUACUUGAUGUGGAUCAAACGAGUUCCAGGAACAAACGCAGAAAUGCCAUCUACGGCGUCGAGGCUCUUCUCCCAUCUGGUUCACAAAGCUCGAAUGCACAUGAACAAGGGGCUACUCCAAGCUCAAACCCAAUCCUGACACCUCAGCCCCCAGGUCCACUGGGAAAUAGCUACACUUUUGGUGGUGUCCCUACCAACCCUCAUGUUGUUCCAGCUGGCGGACAGUACGCGUUCAACUUCCGUACGUCGCACAUGGUGCCCACGUCACCAACCGUGCAACAAGCUGGAAGUGAUGGUCUAAGCCACCCGCUGGGUUCUGGUCUAGCACGAAUCGCACAGCAAACCGUUCAUGCGGAUACUGGUCCCCUCGGGCAACGAAAGGAAUCACUGCCAACAGACCCCUCGGCAACUGUCACGGGUACUUAUGUGGACAUGGACCGGGACGAAUAUGGUCGUCGGCUUCGAAAAUUCCCUUCGCGGAUGCCACGUCCCCCGGCUCAUCACGGCAUCUAUGUUGCCCCAACCACACCACCACAGCUCGUGAAUCCAGACUCCCUCGUCCCAGAACACAUGUACACUUCGCCUAACCGAAUUGAACACGCCCAACAAUUCGCUCGCAUAUCUCUCAAGCGCAAAAGACCCGAAGCGAUCCUUCCCCCUCCAUCGUAUGUCUACCAGCGCACGGGUGACCCGAAUUUCAGCAUCUUCCAGGGCUUCCUGCUCUACCCAGAAUUAUGCUUCACCCUGGCAGCACACCUGCCCGUCAAGGACUUGAUUAACCUGUACGCGAUCAGUAAGGACUUCCAUACCAUUCUUGACACGCGGUUCACCACUGUGAUUCUCUCACAAGCCACCGCCAAAGCCCCCGAAAGUGCCCGGACAUUUAUGUUCCGCAGCUUCGCACAUCUCUGCCGCUCGGACCCUGCCGCGCGCCUCCCUCACCCGAAUGCCCGUCUCGCAGCACACAGCAUCCCUCGCCGGAUACCUUCUUUCCGAUGGCUCAAGAUGAUUAUGCACCGCGAAAAGGUCAUACAUGAACUCAUGACCGUUUUUGCCGAAGACGGUAUCCCUCUCCCAGCAAGAUGUGCGUUGGCACUUAAGAGACUGUGGUUCAUGCUUGACAUCCCCGACAAUGCUCGGCGCAUCGGGUACUGCCAUAACCGGCACAUGAUGACGGACUUGGACCUGUACUUCUCGGCGUGCUUCUUCACGAAGUUGGACAUGAGACUCAACGAUCCUGUUUCUGGCGAGAAGAGGGACGGAAUGAGAAAGCUACUUCUGACACAGCGUAGUUUCACCACUAUUCUACGGGUUCUGAAACGUGAUCUCUGGACAACCCGGUUCGACGCGUUGAGAGAGUGGGUCAAGUGCAAAUAUACACCGUUGCCGGACGAGCUGGGGAUGAGCAUCUUUGGCAUUCCGCCACACAGAAUUGGCAAGGGACGGCUGGAGUACUGGGGUCUCCGGAGCGCCCAUCAACUUGGUCGGCGGCCGGAGAUGCUUUUACGGCCAGAUCAGUUGAUCAUUCGAGAAGCAUUCAGGCGCGGGAUACGCUUCGACAAGCACUACCUCAAGUUCAUGCUGUACGGAUACGUCCGCCCGGACACGCUGGAGGACUAUGCGCCGCGCACAUACGCGCGGAGGAUAGCUGAGAUCAAGGACGACGAGUAUGAGGUUGAUGACGUGAUUGGUGGUGUUGCCGCUCUCGGCGUCGACGAUGAAGGCUUCGACCCUCUCUUGGAUCUCGGACAGCCCAGGCACGUGAGCAGGUUUACCAUCGUCAAAGAAGAAAUGUCCACGCGGGAGAAGGGGUUGAGGCAGGCCGAAGAGGAGCUUUUGAAGAGCUGUCACGAGUGGUGGGCGCGCGAGCAAGAGCAGAACCGGUAG